UCAGUAUUUUGAUGAUGUCGAUUGAUAUUUGUAGGGUAUGCUAGAAACUAUUAGAUAUCUUAAAUAACAACACGGAAUAUGUCUACGACACCUCAAGUUUAUUUUUCAAAUCAUGUCCCGACAUUGCGCAACGAAAGAAGAAGAAGGUUAAUUAACAGGGAAACGGUUGUCCUAACAGAAAAACAAGUGGCCAAGGGCAACAACAAGGAGACAACGAACGAAUGCUUGGGAAUUCCAGGUUGGACCAAGGGAUUCAAACCCAACAGUUCCCUAAUGUCAAAACGUUUGUGGCUAGGAAUCGUUUAGCAUGCCCGAACGAAAGAAGGAAGGCGUGGAGUGGAGGAGGGGAAUAAGAAAAAGAGGGUGGUCGGGUGCGCAAUGUGGAGAGACGAGAAUGUCCGAUGAUGGAAUGGAAUGGAAGUUGCCACAAAAAUAGCAAACACCUGAAAGCCCAAGAUCGCCCCUUUUCCAGCAGUUGAGGAGACCGAGAAACGAACGCGGGAUUCCCUCUUUUCGUUGAAGAGACUCCAGCCAAGCGUUCCCUCUCUUUCCACUCCCUUUGAGAAAUUUCUCUGACAGGUACUCCCUUCCAACCUGUUCAUUUGCUGCAGAAUUCGACAGAUCGCGUUCGUGUUGGGAAUGGGAUGGGUUAGGUUGAUGGCUAUGGCGUUCAUGUUCACGUCGCCAGGAUCCUAGAGGGACCAGUUCCCGUGUUCAUCUCUCCCUUUAUCCUCACCAGGACUCUAUUGCUUUUGGAGGAAGAGGAGGAGGAGGAGUUCUCCGCCGUGGUCUCCGACGGUUUCCUUUUUAUCGGAGUCUCCUCCCGAUGGCUUCGCCGCCCCCGCCAUCAUCCUCGUCCUCACCAUUGCCGCCGCCGCCGCCGCCAUCGUCUUCGCCCCCACCUCCGCCAUCGUCGUCGCCGCCGCCGCCAAACUCUUCACCCCCUCCCCCGAAGGACUCGAAAUCCUCUCCACCGCCUCCUAAAUCAUCCAGUUCUCCUCCCUCCCCAUCUGAUGAUGAUGGCAACUCAUCCUCCCCGCCGCCGCCUCCUCCUCCUCCGCCACCACCCCCGCCUCCGCCGCCGCCGCCUCCACCACGACGAUCAUUAGCACCGCCAUCGCACCACACGCCAUCAUCGCAUUCCUCUUCGAGCCCCAGCUCAUCAUCGUCUCCCAAUGUACCUCUCAUUGUGGGAUUAGCAGUUGGAGGAGGAUUGUUGCUACUAGUCAUGAUUGCGUUCCUCUGGUCGUGCGCUAGAAAGAGGAGGAGACCGCACGAUCAAAUGAACUAUUAUAGGGACCACUCCAACGGAUCCAAAUUUAGUGAUUAUUACAGUGGCCCUCAGCAUCAACACGCGAAUUGGCAAAACAAUCAACCCAUGGAACACAUGGUCAAGGUACCUCCACCUCCUGGGGCGAUGAGCACGGGGUAUGGUGGUUGGUCGCAUCCACCGCCGUCAUUAAGCAGUGGCCAGGCGAGCUCAGAGUUCUCAGGCCCGCAUGGCCCGCCAUUGCCGCCGCCUCCUCCGUGCUUUGCACUGGGGUUCACGCAGUGUACCUUCACGUACGACGAGCUAGCGGCUGCGACUGGAGGGUUCUCGCAGGCGAACUUGUUGGGACAAGGCGGGUACGGCUACGUGCACAAAGGGGUGUUGCCCAAUGGGAAGGAGAUAGCGGUGAAGUCGCUGAAGAACGGUAGCGGGCAAGGCGACCGUGAGUUCCAGGCAGAGGUCGAGAUCAUCAGCCGCGUGCAUCAUCGCCACCUCGUGACUCUCGUGGGUUAUUGCAUCUCGGAGAGCCAAAGGGUAUUGAUUUAUGAGUUUGUGCCCAACAACACCCUUGAAUAUCAUCUCCAUGGGAAGGAUCGACCUGUCAUGGACUGGCCGAUGAGGCUUAGGAUAGCAUUGGGUGCAGCCAGAGGACUUGCUUACCUACAUGAAGAUUGUCACCCAAAAAUCAUUCACCGGGAUAUCAAAGCGGCAAAUAUACUACUCGAUUUUAACUUUGAAGCCAAGGUAUCUGAUUUCGGCCUUGCCAAGCUAUCUACGGACAAUCAUACUCACGUGUCGACGCGGGUCAUGGGGACAUUUGGAUAUUUAGCUCCGGAGUAUGCAGCGAGCGGCAAGCUGACCGAGAAGUCCGACGUCUUCUCUUUCGGAGUGAUGCUCUUGGAACUAAUAACCGGAAAACACCCCGUCAACACCGAUAUGGACGACAGCCUCGUGGAUUGGGCAACACCGAUGAUCACAACCGCUCUGGCGGAGGGAGAUUACAGUGAGUUGGUGGAUCCACGUUUACAGGACAACUAUGUCCCUCAGGAGAUGGUGCGCAUGGUCGCUUGUGCCGGCGCAUGCAUCAGACGCUCUUCUAAGAGAAGACCCAGGAUGAGCCAGAUUGUCCGGGCGCUUGAAGGCGAUGUAUCAUUAGAUGAAGUGCACGAGUGGGCGAAGCCGAGCAACAGCUCGACUUUCGGAGGUGGCAGCACGGAAGCAGGUUCCUACAUUUCGGACAUGAAAAUGCUUAGGGAAAGCGCUCUCAAAGGCGAAGUAGAUGUCAGCAGCGAUUACGGAUACAACCCUUCUAAUUCUUCGACCGGCAGCAAUUCGCGUGAAAUGAGCAGGAAGGAGAACUUUUGAACGAAGUUGAUCUUUGUUUCGAGCGUCUCUCGAUGUGGUAGACUCAGCAAUGCAAAUGUUGCAUUUCUCUUUGAAUCCUGAAAAGUUCUCGAUCAACACCGAAAUCUGUUUCUUUU